AUGGCGGAUGAGAGCAGUGAUGCGCCCGUGCCAACUCCAGUCCGACGCCGCUCCUCAGCCAACUACCGAGCCUAUGCCACCGAACCACAUGCCAAGAAAAAGUCUAAGAUUUCAGCCUCGAGAAAACUGCAGCUAAAGAUGCUGAUGCUGCAGAUUGCGAAGCAGGAGUUGGAGCAGGAGGCAGAGGAGCGGCGCGGAGAGAAGGGGCGUGCCUUGAGCAGCCGGUGCCAGCCUCUGGAACUGGCUGGGCUGAGCUUCGCAGAGCUGCAGGACUUGUGCCGACAGCUCCAUGCCCGUGUGGACAAAGUGGAUGAAGAGAGAUACGAUGUAGAAGCAAAAGUUACCAAGAACGUCACGGAGAUUGCAGAUCUGACCCAGAAGAUCUACGACCUCCGGGGCAAGUUUAAGCGGCCUACCCUGAAGAGGGUGCGCAUCUCUGCCGAUGCUAUGAUGCAGGCGCUGCUGGGGACCCGGUCUAAGGAGUCCUUGGACCUGCGGGCUCACCUCAAGCAGGUGAAGAAGGAGGACACUGAGAAGGAAAACCGAGAGGUGGGCGACUGGCGCAAGAACAUCGAUGCGCUGAGUGGAAUGGAGGGCCGCAAGAAAAAGUUCGAGGGCUGA